AUGUUAAAAAAGGCUUGCAUGGGCAAGAAUCAAGUCACAGAAGAUCAAGUCGGCGGCAUAGAGAAAGGCAAGUUUAUUGAAGAUAGAAACGUGAUGUGCUACAUAGCUUGCAUCUAUCAGAUGUCACAAGUAGUUAAAAAUAAUAAAUUGAAUUAUGAGGCUUCUAUGAAACAAGUGGAUAUCAUGUAUCCACCCGAGCUUAAGGAUUCUGUAAAGAAGUCUAUACUGAACUGCAAGCAUAUAGAGACGGUAAAAGAAAUUGAGGAAGACAAGGCAUUAAGUAAAGAAGAAUUGCACGAUAUAAGCUCAUCCUUGAUAGCCGAUUUUCAUGAGUGCACAAAAGAGUUUGAAAUAUCAGCAGAUGAUAUUAAGGCAGCCAAAGCGGAGAAAAAUAUCGACAAGUUAGAUCCUUGCUUUAUAGGAUGUGCGUUCAAGAGGUCAGGUGUGGUGAACGAGAAAGGACUAUUUGACAAGGAGAAAGUAUUAUCAUUUGUGAACGAAAAUCUGAAGAAUGAAGAUGAUAAAAAAAUGUUAUCUGAGAUCGUCGAAGAUUGCUCUAAAGUUAACGAUGAGCCUGUAACGGAUGGCGAAAAUGGCUGCGAACGAUCCAAGCUUGUUCUACUAUGUAUGAUGAAGCACAAGGAUGACGCAUCAGCAUCAGAUGAACUUAAAUCUAUAAUCCAAUCGAAGCUCGUAUCUUCAGGCUUGGAGUGCAUCAAAGAUCAUCCCUUAUCUCUUUCUGACAUACGAGCAUUCAAAGAAAAGAGAAUACCUAAUAACGAAGAUGCUAAAUGCUUCACAGCUUGCUUGUUUAAGAAAAUUGGCAUUAUGGAUGAUAUGGGAAAAUUGAAUCCAGCUAAUGCAAGAGAACAUGCAAAACAAGUUUUCAAGGGCAGCGAACAGCAUAUGAAGAAUGCUGAUGAGAUUGUUACUGCUUGCUCUAAGGUUAACGACCAAAUGACAUCCGACGGCAACAAAGGGUGUGAACGGGCCAAAUUAGCUUUCAAUUGUUUAACUAAGAAUGCAGCCAAGUAUGGUUUCGACUUCGACGUGGACGUUUGA